AUGUCGAAAAAACAAGAUAAAGCAAACGCAGAAGUUGCAGAAAAUAACGAUGAUAUAUCGAAACAUCAAUCGACAAAACAGGCACAAGACAAUGAAAAACAAGAUCAAAAUAAUGAAAAUGAGUGCAGUGUUGAAGAUAUUGAAAAAGAACUAGAUGAACUUCGUCCAAAACCACCAUCACCUAAAGCACAACAUCGAAUUGAAAAAGAAGAAAUUGAAAACGAUCGUCGAGUGGAAAUGCAUAAAGAACAUAAAGAACCUUCAUCAACAACCAAAACAACGAACGGCGAUGAAAAUAAAGGUCAACAUAAAGACAAUGAAUUAAUACCUGGUGAACCUGAUCCAACUGUUAAUGAUAAUGUUAAAAUUCCAGUAUUGAAUGAUAGAGGUGAUAUUGAAUUAAAAUCACAACAAGGCAGUAAAUUGAACAAACAUGCACAAUAA